UUUUUUUAAAAAAAAUUUAUUCCCAAGAAACGAAGGAAGGAAGCAUAUUACAUAAAAAAAUUAUUUAAAUAUCUAUUAUAAUAAUGGCAGAACCAAAAGGUGAAGCAGCAAAACCUGAAGUAGGAAAAGCUGUUGGUAUUGAUUUAGGAACGACCUACUCCUGUGUAGGUGUUUGGCAGAAUGACAGAGUUGAAAUUAUUGCUAAUGACCAGGGUAAUCGUACAACACCGUCAUAUGUUGCUUUCACUGAUACAGAACGUCUUAUCGGUGAUGCGGCCAAAAAUCAAGUAGCGAUGAAUCCUCAUAAUACCGUCUUUGAUGCUAAACGUCUCAUUGGGCGUAAUUUCAAUGAUCAGGAUGUUCAGUCCGAUAUGAAGCACUGGCCGUUCAAAGUCCUUAAUAAGAAUGGGAAACCAUACAUCCAAGUCGAAUAUAAAGGCGAAAAGAAAGAAUUCACGCCUGAGGAAAUUUCAUCCAUGGUAUUGAUAAAAAUGAAAGAAACCGCGGAGGCUUUCCUUGGUACAGUGGUCAAAAAUGCCGUAAUCACAGUACCAGCUUACUUUAACGAUUCUCAACGUCAAGCAACUAAAGAUGCCGGUUUAAUUUCUGGUUUGAACGUUCUUCGUAUUAUCAAUGAGCCGACUGCGGCAGCUAUCGCUUACGGUUUGGACAAGAAAGCCACCGGAGAACGAAACGUUUUAAUCUUUGAUUUGGGUGGUGGUACUUUUGACGUUUCCCUCUUAACUAUUGAAGAAGGAAUUUUUGAAGUAAAAGCCACUGCUGGUGACACCCAUCUUGGUGGUGAAGAUUUCGAUAAUCGUCUUGUUAACCAUUUCGUUCAAGAAUUCAAGCGUAAAUUUAAGAAAGAUAUUUCAAGCAAUGCGCGUGCUGUCCGUCGUUUAAGAACUGCUUGUGAACGCGCAAAACGUACACUAUCGGCAUCAGCACAGACUUCCAUAGAGAUUGAUUCCCUUUUCGAAGGUGUCGACUUCUACACUACAUUGACGCGUGCCAGAUUCGAAGAAUUGAACCAGGAUUUAUUCCGAUCUACAAUGGAACCUGUCGAGAAAGUGCUUCGUGAUUCUAAAAUUGAUAAAAGUCAGGUUCAUGAAAUCGUCUUAGUCGGUGGUUCAACACGUAUUCCUAAGAUUCAAAAGAUGGUAUCUGAGUUCUUCAAUGGCAAAGAACCAAACAAAUCCAUAAAUCCUGAUGAAGCCGUCGCUUAUGGUGCCGCCGUACAAGCUGCUAUUUUAUCUGGUGAUACUUCAGAAAAGACUCAAGAUUUACUUUUACUCGACGUCGCUGCUUUAUCUCUUGGUAUCGAGACUGCCGGUGGUGUUAUGACACCGCUUAUUAAGCGUAACACCACAGUACCCACAAAGAAAUCUGAAAUUUUCUCCACAUAUUCCGAUAAUCAGCCUGGUGUGCUUAUUCAAGUAUAUGAAGGUGAACGUACCCGAACAAGAGAUAACAACUUGCUCGGAAAAUUCGAAUUAACCGGAAUUCCUCCAGCACCAAGAGGUGUUCCACAGAUUGAAGUUACCUUUGAUAUUGACGCAAACGGUAUAUUAAACGUUUCUGCUGUUGAUAAAACAACUGGUAGAUCAAAUAAGAUUACCAUCACUAAUGACAAAGGACGAUUGUCGAAAGAAGAAAUCGAACGCAUGGUUGCCGAAGCCGAGAAAUAUAAAGCAGAUGACGAGAAAGUUGCACAAAGAAUACAGUCACGAAAUGGCUUGGAAAGUUAUGCAUAUAACUUACGCAACACACUUCAAGACGAGAAAAUUUCUGGUAAACUCGAACCAGCAGAUAAGAAAAAACUUGAAGAUGCAAUUCAAGAUUCAAUUACAUGGCUUGAGAAUAACCAGGAAGCAGAGAAAGAAGAAUAUGAUCAUAAACAGAAAUCACUCGAAGAAGUUGCCAACCCAAUAAUGAUGAAACUUUACGGUGGUGCAGGUGGAGCCCCACCAGGCGCCGGAGGUUUCCCACCAGGCGGUUUCCCAGGUGGUGCACCGGGUGGUGCACCCGCUGAUGACAAUGCAGGACCAACAAUUGAAGAAGUUGAUUAAAUGGCUAAGACUUAAUAAUGAGUUGCUAUAGAAAUUAAAAAAUUUUCGCAUAACAAAAUGUAACUAGCUGGAAAAUUUUUUAAAAAAAAGAACAUUUGUUAAAAUUGUUUGCGGUGUUUGUCAGUAAUUUGAGGAGAUAACCCUGUUACAACAUAUUAAUUAAUUCGCGUUUAUUGUAAUUUGCUUUAAUAUUUCCUCUCUAUAUAUUCUAUCUCAUAAUAUAAAUAUGUAUAA